AUGAAAGAAAUGACUGAGGAGAGCCCAGAGGAGGAUCAUGAAUCUCCUGGAGUAGCUGAAACAAACCCAGGAAGCCCUUCUUCAAAGAACAACAACAACAACAACAACAACAAUAAAGAACAAGACCGGUUCCUUCCAAUUGCUAAUGUCGGAAGAAUCAUGAAAAAAGUUCUUCCGGGCAAUGGUAAGAUCUCGAAAGACGCCAAAGAAACCGUUCAAGAAUGUGUAUCUGAGUUCAUUAGUUUUGUCACUGGUGAAGCUUCUGAUAAGUGUCAAAGAGAGAAGAGGAAGACCAUUAAUGGAGAUGACAUCAUUUGGGCCAUUACCACCCUCGGUUUCGAAGACUAUGUGGCUCCAUUAAAGAAACAGUUUCCGCAGCAGCAUGAUAACAUUGAUUCCAUUGGACAGUGGUCAGUGUGA